CCUUUCGUGGGGUACUCUGUCGAAAGCCUCCGAGGGCCCUCCAACGGGCGGUGGCAUCCUCAGAGACCCUCCCAGUGUUUGUGGCACACCCAGGAGGCCCUUCCAGGAGCAAUGGCACUCCCAGGGGCCCUUCCAGGAGUGUUAGCAUCCCCAAGUUCCUUCCAGGGUCGGUGGCACCCCUAGGGGCUCUCCCAUCGGCGACCCCAGAGGCAGCGGGGACCCCAGGGUCCCUGCCAGAGCCGGCGGCGCUCCCAGGGGCCCUACAAGGAAGGAGUGCGCUCCAGGGGUACGCGCAGGGGCCCUGCCAAUGGAGGUUGCACCCUCAGGGGCCCUGCCAGGUGCGAUGGUGGUCUCAGGAACCCUCCCAGGGGCGGUGGCGCCUCCAGGGUUCGUCCCAGGAGCAGCGGCGCCUGCAGGGGGCCUCCCAGGGGGAUUUGUGCCCUAGGGGCACACCCGGGGGCCCUGUCAAUGGAGGUGGCAGCCCUAGGGGCCCUGCCAGGGAUGGUGGCGGUCUCAGGGGCCCUCCCAGAGGAGGUGACACCCCUCAGGGGCCCUACCAGGAGCGAGGAGGCAGCACCACGGGCGGUGACGGUCUCAGAGCCCCUCCCAGGGGCGGUGGCGCCCUCAGAGGCCCUUCCAAGGGCGGCGGCGCCACCAGGGUUCGUUCCAGGGGUAGCAGUGGCCCCAGGAACCCUCUCAAGGGCAGCGUCACCCCUGGUGGCUUUGCAGGGACAGAAUCGCCCCAGAAGCCCUCCUAG